GAGGAUCAUCGGAGACUUCGGCGUUCCCAUAGCGAUCCUCCUCAUGGUGCUGGUGGACUACAGCGUGGAGGACACGUACACCCAGAAACUGAGCGUGCCCAGUGGGUUCUCUGUGUCCAGCCCGGAGAAGCGUGAUUGGCUGAUCUCGCCCCUGGGGUCUGACGGGCAGUUUCCUGUGUGGAUGAUGGCCGCCAGCGUCCUGCCGGCCGCACUCGUCUUCAUCCUCCUCUUCAUGGAGUCCCAGAUCACAGCGCUGAUCGUCAGUAAGAAGGAGCGGAUGCUGGUGAAGGGAACCGGGUUCCACCUGGACCUGCUCAUCAUCGUUGUGGUGGGCGGAGUCUCCGCUCUGUUUGGGUUGCCAUGGUUAUCGGCCGCCACCGUCCGAUCCGUCACCCACACCAACGCCCUCACUGUCAUGAGCAAAUCCGUCGCCCCCGGAGACAAGCCGCGCAUCCAGGAAGUCAAGGAGCAGCGGGUGACGGGCUUCCUGGUCGCCGUGCUAGUCGGCCUGUCCAUCGUGAUCGGGGACGUCCUGCGUCAGAUCCCCCUGGCCGUCCUCUUCGGGAUCUUCCUCUACAUGGGGGUCAUGUCUCUGAACGGGAUCCAGCUCACGGAGCGCCUCAUCCUGCUGCUGAUGCCCCCGAAGUACCACCCCGACCACAGCUACGUCCGCAAGGUGCGGACGUUGAGGAUGCACCUGUUCACAGUUGUCCAGCUGACCUGUCUGUCCCUCCUGUGGGUCGUCAUGGCGACGGCGGCGGCGCUGGCGUUCCCCUUCAUGCUGCUGCUGACCAUCCCGGUGAGGACGCUGCUGCUGCCGCGUCUCUUCACCCGCAGAGAGCUGCAGAGCUUGGAUGCUGAUGAUGCCGAGCCUGACCUGGAGGAGAAGGAGGGGCAGGACGAGUACUCCCAGCUGCAGAUGCCCGUGUGAUUGGUCCAUCCAGCUCCCUCAUUAGCAUAUCGGACCCGUAUCCCAUAGCAACGCUGGGCGGACGGACUGACAUCA